AUGAUGAACCUCUCCCAGACAGACAACAAGGAGAAACUUUUAUGCCAGAUGUCACUCUUGGGAUUCCUCAUGCUUUCCCCUGUAUUGAUUGCUUCCGGAGGCAGAAAUCUUUUCGCGAUGUAUGCUGAACGAUCAUUUUUGGGAAACGCUUCAGCACCUUAUAAUAAAUACGAACCGACUGGGAUGAGAGAUGGUUGCAACAUUCCAGAUGCGUGGAACAAUGCAAGGGCUAUCUCCCAGCUUCAAGACGUUAUUGUUCGAUCCAUCCGACCGUAUUUCACAAAUGUCAAAGCGGUAGCACACAUCGACCAUCCGGAUCACAACAACAGAGGAGAUUCAGCCAUUUGGAUGGGGGAAGAAAUUUUUUUGGACAUGUUGAAUGUAUCGAUUAGCCCGCGAAGCCCUGCAACCAUUUGGAUGGGGGAAGAAAUUUUUUUGGACAUGUUGAAUGUAUCGAUUGUGUAUAAGUGCACCCUUCGCCAUACGCCCAUGAAAAGUGAUACCUGCAAUUCUUCCAGGGCCCGCGAAGCCCUGCAACCAUUCGUUAAGGAAGGAACCGGACUUGUUGCGAUGCAGGGCGGUGGGAACCUGGGCGAUCUGUGGAAGGGACCAGAGAGGCUGCGCCACGAGUUCAUAGCAGAAUUGCCCAACCUGCCGUUUCUUCUUUUCCCUCAAUCCAUUUUCUUCGAAAAGGAGGAAAACAUCAACGAGUCGAGGAGAGCGUAUUCAGGAGCCAGGAAUUUCACGCUUCUCACCCGCGAAAUGGCAAGUUUGGAAUUUGCACGCAGUCGCUUCCCUGCCGUUCGCUCCGCGUUGGUGCCCGACAUGGCCCUCCUUCUAGGUCACCGUCCACGUCCCGUGGAACCUACGUGGGACGUCCUCUGGCUCAGGCGUACCGACAAAGAGAGAUUGCCCCAAUUUGAGCCUCUCCGCGUGGGCUGGCCUCUCAACGUCACGGUGAAGAUCGACGAUUGGCUGGGCGAAGUCGAAGGACUCCCGGAUUCCGAUGGAGGGACUCUCACUUCACGUGCGCAUCUACGGACUCGCGACGGUUUUCGGUUUCUGGCAAGGGGGAAAGUGAUCGUCACGGACCGUCUACACGCUCAUAUACUCUCUACAUUGAUGAGUAUUCCGCAUGUUGUCCUCGAUAGCAGCUAUGGAAAAGUUAAGAACUUCCACAAUCAAUGGUUUACAAACAUUUGCAGUGCGAUUCUUAAAACCCUCCAGCCAAGGUGCCCUCCUACGCCUCCUCCUAUUCCGGAUUCCAUGAUGAUCGAGUCAGUCGCUUUUCUCUUCCUUGCACGCAGUCGCUUCCCUGCCGUUCGCUCCGCGUUGGUGCCCGACAUGGCCCUCCUUCUAGGUCACCGUCCACGUCCCGUGGAACCUACGUGGGACGUCCUCUGGCUCAGGCGUACCGACAAAGAGGGAUUGCCCCAAUUUGAGCCUCUCCGCGUGGGCUGGCCUCUCAAAGUCACGGUGAAGAUCGACGAUUGGCUGGGCGAAGUCGAAGGACUCCCAGAUUACGAUGGAGGGACUCUCACUUCACGUGCGCAUCUACGGACUCGCGACGCUUUUCGGUUUCUGGCAAGGGGAAAAGUGAUCAUCACGGACCGUCUACACGCUCACAUACUCUCUACAUUGAUGAGUAUUCCGCAUGUUGUCCUCGAUAACAGCUAUGGAAAAGUUAAGAACUUCCACAAUCAA